AGUGGGAAAAAAUGUAUAUUUUUGGUGGAGGAAUCGUGUUACGCCCAAUUGGUUAAGCGGUAUACUGUCAAAAAUAUAGAUAUUCAGAACAUAUUAUUCUCAAUAGUUGGCCGGUCUUGAAUUUCAUUCGGUCCGACAGUUCUUAACGGGUAACACGACCACGUGAUCCAAAAACCUUACUGAUAGAAUAUACAACAUUAAGUCCAAGUUAAGUUAUAUUCUCCGAUACAAGAUUAAGUCAACAUUAAAUUUCAACUAAGAUUAGAUAGAUAUUCGUUAAAAAUAGAAUAAAUAGCAACUAUAGUUUUAUUAUUAUAAUAAUAUACGUUAACGGUUUUCGAUUUACUUAUGUCUAAUUAAAUUACCCAAUACUGUGGCAGAGGCACAGCUCAACAUCAUAAUAAUAUUAAUCUACCUACCAAAGCACGGGAUCGUAUAACAUAACGUCAUAAUCAAACCGAUUCGCUAUAUGAGUGAUGCCGAGCUCCAAAUCUAAUAGCGUUGAGAUAUUUUUGAAAUAACACUACAACAUCACGACUACAGAGACAGCACAGAUUACGGCCAAGAUAAGUAUUAAACGAAGAUUAAAAAUGAGCAAGGAGGUUCAGGAAAAUAUUAAGUAUUUGAUUAAAAGACCAAAAACACCAGAGAUCAAACCUUUGAUGCACCGUUCAGUUUUCAACAAUUCGAUUAAAAGGGAUUACAUGUCAAAUAGGGGCUGUCACCAAACAAUGGGUUAUGCUGAAGUCAAGCUCAAUCAUCCGUCGAAGUUUUUAAAAAAACAUACCAGAAUAGUGAAAAGACCAUUUGUCGAUUCCUUAAAACCAGUGCUACCCAAUGAAAAAUGUAGUCAACGAUGUAGUAGAUCGCCCAAUUUUCAAAGGAAAACCAAUAAAAUUCAAAGAAAUUUCCUGCAUAAAAACAUAAUUGACGUCAUAAGAAAGGUGCCGCCAUUGCCAAGGCAUCGGGUACAGGACAGUCGGAAUGGGCACACAAUGGUUCUAGAUGAAGCGGGCCUAGAGCCCACGUAUGUAUCCAAGAAGAAUUUUGGAAAAACACCUUCGUAUAUUAAGAAAAUAAUUAAGGAAAAGGAAAUGGAAAAACUAGCUGAGGUCGACCGUGUACUGGCGAUCAAGCCACCGUUGCGCUAUUUACCAGAAGAAGAGCGUAAACAGUUAUUGAAAGGAUUGAAGUCCAAUUGGGAUGAAUUGUACACAGAAUUUUUAUUAUUACCUAUGGUCACCGACUCAGUACCAAAAGUUAAUCGAAAAUCCCGGAUUGAGAAUGAACUAAAUAAUUUAGAAAUAGACAUCGACCUAUUGGAACGGUACCCAUCACUAUACGUGUGUGAUAACUAGACUCCAAAAGUGUCAUGACAUUUGCAUGAAGUAUUUUACGAAAUAUUUUAAUAUUUUUAUGCGUGUGAAAAAAAAAUAAAAAAAAAAUAAAAAAUGGUUUUCAUAUCUAUUUAAAUACUUAGGGCGAGAAAACAUUUAAAAAAACUUCUGUACCCUCUCCCCCAUCUUUAUUUGGAAAAAGCAUACAAUAUCAUACAACACAUUGCUGCCCACCCUGUGAAAAUGUCUGCAGCGAGCCUAUUAUGCUAUGUAUUACAGGUAUGCGUAUGUAUCAUAUCCGUCAAAUGGUAUUGUUUUUUGCUUAAGACAUGAAAAACACUUUUUGUUCGCAAAAUAUAAGGCACUGCAGUAUACAAUUUUUAAGACUUUAUAUCGCGUAUUUUUACUUUAAACUACGAUAAGAUCGCACACUAAUAAUUUAUCGUUACCAUUAUUUUGUUACAUAUUAAGGACAACGUCACCACAGUGCACUUGAAUCGUCCGGACGGGCAUAAAUUCCCCAGAUCGAUGAAUAAUUUACAUAAUACAGUACCCACCUACAUUAUGAUAUUAUUGUUUGCGUAUAUUAUACACGUGUAUAAUUUUCCCGUAAAUAAUUUUUCCCACCCCCUUCCUACCGUUUAGUAUAAUCGACUGGACAGCGAUUUUAAUCCCGAAGGAUUUUGUUGUUGUUUAUAUAUUUUGUUUUUUCUGCUGUGUCCGGAUUUUACACGUCACACAGAGUGCGUAUACCCGAGUGGAGGACUACCCGAAUUUCAAUUGAUAUUUUUAAAGCUGUUCGAUAUUUUAUUCUUUUUUUGUACUCCCAAAUUAUUUAUUAAUAGGUUAAGUCCAAAAACUGAAUGGCUUUAGAUCAGUAUAACAUUUGCAGAAUAUAAUAUGGUAAUACAAAUAAUUUCCACAAGAAAUGAGUAUAAGA